UUUAAAUGAUUUGAUGGGACGGCGCGUGUUUUGAGGCCAAGCGAAGCGUACCAUCCAUCCAUGGCUCUGUGCAUCGGCACUGGUGGUGUAUGCCGCAGCGGCACCACUACCGGCCUACCUUUUCAGCGUAAGACGCUUCUCCCAUUUCCGUCUAACAUCUCAUACUCUUCCUCCUCUAGGAGGAAGAGAAACGCUCACAUAGUCUGUGCCAGAAAGAUCUCCUCCCGCACGGGAAGGUUCGAUAGCAAAAACAAGAAGAGCGGCGGACUCACCACCACUAGAGAAGAAGACGUUGGACAGAAAAAAGAAGGUGGGGUGAUUGAAGAUGAUGUUGACGAUACCACCAGCAACAGUACGGUGGAUGUCGAUGAUGGGUACUUUUUGCCGGAGCUUCCGGGCGAUAAGCCGGAUUUCUGGGAGGGACCUCAGUGGGAUGCUCUUGGCUUCUUCGUUCAGUAUAUGUGGGCUUUCGGUAUCGUUUUCGCGCUAAUUGCAUGUGGCAUUGCCGUGGCUACAUAUAAUGAAGGGGCAACAGAUUUUAAGCAGACUCCCGUGUACAAGGAAUCAAUCCAGUCUCGAGAAUUGUUGGAAGAACCUGAAGCAUCCAAUUCGGAUGUAUUUGAGGCCAAUCCAACUGAAGAGGCUCCUAGUUUGGAAUAGCCACUUUAAGUUGUGUCUGGGCAAGAACAGGGCAUUUACCACCAGAUCAUGACUAUAUUUUUAAACCAGAAGAUUGACAUGCAAUGUGUCCCACGUUCAGUAAGGUAAUUACACUGUUUCACACUGUAAUUUUCUCCUUUUUUUUUCUUAUUUGUAUUUUAUUGUAUGAGUUCUCGAUACAGAAUAUAUUUCUUUAUGAGCAUUUGAAUGUAGCGAUGGAUCUCAGAAUAGGUGGUUAGGUGUAUCAGGACAUCCAAGUUGGGGUGCAACUUGGAUGGGCUUGGGUUGGGAAGUUGUUACAAUUUGAGGGGGUGCGGUCUAAAAGCCUGAGACCAAUGCAAUGUAAAAAUUCUUUAAAUUGAGUACCUAACUUGCACCCCUACAUCUAGGGCUCUGAUAUCUGACCUAUCGUGCCCUAUAUUUGGUUUACAUGCAAAGGUGCUCAUACCACUACCUAUGGGUCAUUUAUUGUGAAUUUCUUGUUCGGAAAAUUUUCUUGAUUGGAUGAUCCUGCUUUUCUGUC